AGGCGAGAUCUGCAAGUCAAUUGGAUGUAAUUGCGGUAGUUAAUUUCUUAUUUAGCUGGUUUAUCCGGUACAGGAAGAGACGAGGAAGACGUGUGUUGUAAUUGUAUUAUAGAGAGAGAGAUGGACGUACCCUUCGAGGACGAUAACAGCUUGGACGACGAUGGACAGGAAAUCUUCAUCAACUUCCCUGUGGAGGUGCAGAAAGCAAUUGAGCAAGUUUUACCCAGUAAAGAUCCUCUGGAUCGUCCAGACUUCAAUACGAUCGAUUACAUAAACUCGCUGUUCCCGACUGAGCAAUCGUUGGCGAACAUCGACGAGGUUGUCUCCAACAUGGAGACGAAGAUUCAGACUAUAGACAACGAAAUCAGCACGGUGGUGCGCGGUCAAACAACGGCGAGUCAGGAUGGAAGGCAGGCCUUGGAUGAAGCGCAGAAGGUCAUAAAGCAGCUGUUCGUCCACAUGAAGGAUAUCAAGGAGCGAGCGGAAAAGUCCGAGGAGAUGGUCAGGGAAAUCACCAGGGACAUAAAGCAGCUGGAUUGCGCGAAGAGGAAUCUUACUUUAGCCAUAACCACUCUGAACCAUCUGCAUAUGCUCGUCGGCGGAGUGGAUACGCUGAAGAGUUUAACGCAGAAGCGAUUGUACGGGGAAAUAGCGCUACCUUUGCAAGCCAUCAGCGAGGUCAUGGCGCACUUCGAAAGCUACUCGGACAUUCCUCAAAUUAAGAGUUUGAGCGAUCAGGUGAAGAUGAUCCGCUUGGAGCUCGCCGAUCAGAUCACCAAAGAUUUCCACGACGCUUUCAACUCCUCCUCGAAGAUGACGCUGCCCAAUAAACAGCUGGCCCAGGCCUGUUUAGUCGUGUCAGCGUUAGAUCCUAAAGUCAAGAAGGAUUUGUUGAAGUGGUUCAUCGAGCUUCAACUGGUCGAAUACAGCCAUCUCUUUGAAUCCACCGAAGACACGGCGUGGCUGGAUAAAAUCGACAAGAGAUACGCGUGGCUGAAGAGACAUCUCUUGGAGUUUGAGGAGCGUUUGGGUAACAUGUUUCCGCAGAACUGGGAGGUGAGCGAGCGGAUUGCCGUGCAAUUCUGCAACAAUACUCGAGAGGAACUGGGGAAGAUCAUGGCGAAGCGGAAACACGAGAUCGACGUUAAAUUACUUCUAUUCGCUAUACAAAAGACGUCGAAUUUCGAGGGACUUUUAUCGCGGAGAUUCACCGGCAUCACGCUGGAGCAUAUCGAAAGACCAUUAGUGGAGGACCAAGAAAACUUCAAUCCGUUCGCCGGUUUGAUCGGUCAAUGUUUCGUGCCUCACCUGAAGAUUUACAUUGAUAGCGUCGACAGGAAUCUGCAGGAGUUGCUGGAGCGGUUCAUGCAGGACGAGAAGUUGAAUUUCACAACGGAAACAUCGGAUACGCAAGCGACCGUGUUUCCCAGUUGCGCCGAUCUCUUCGUGUUUUACAAGAAGAGCAUGAUCCAAUGCAAUCAAUUGGAUAGGGGUCAAUCCAUGCUGGAUUUGACACGGGUGUUCCAGAAAUACUUGAGGGAGUACGCGGUCAAGUUGCUGCAGAACAACAUCCCGAAGAUCGAGCAGCAGAUGGGGAAGAGCGCGAGCGUUCAGUCGAUCACCAGGGAUCUGCAGAAGAUGUCCACGUCGGGUUUAAUGCAGAAUUUCUCUUCGCUGCUCAAAGAGGGCGAAGCCACCAGGUUCACGAAGGAGGAGCAAGGGAAGAUUUGCUGUAUACUGACUACGGCGGAAUAUUGUUUGGAGACCACUCAGCAGUUGGCGGAGAAACUCAGGGAGAAAAUAGAACCGGAACUCGCGAACCAAAUAGAUCUGACGCAAGAGCAAGCUCAUUAUCAAAGCGUGAUAUCAAAUUGCAUCCAAAUCCUCGUUCAAGAUUUGGAGAAUGCCUGCGAAGCGGCGCUUAUAUCAAUGAGCAAGAUUCAAUGGCAAAACAUUGAUAGCGUCGGUGAUCAGAGCCCAUACGUUACCGGAUUGACGACACACUUCAAGGUGACCAUUCCAAUAAUCCGAGAUAACCUUUCCAAUUCGCGCAAAUACUUCACGCAGUUCUGCAUAAAAUUUGCAAACUCGUUCAUCCCGAAGUUCGUCUCGAACAUCUACAAAUGUAAACCGAUCAACACGGAGGGGGCAGAGCAACUGCUGUUAGAUACGCACAUGCUGAAGACCGUUCUCCUCAACCUUCCCUCGAUCUGCUCGCAGAUCAACAGGCAAGCGCCCGCUCCCUACACGAAGGUAGUCAACAAGGGCAUGACCAAAGCGGAGAUGGUGCUGAAGGUGGUGAUGACGCCCAUCGAGCCUCCGAAGGCGUUCAUCGAGCAGUACAUGAAACUGCUACCAGACUGUCAGCAGAGCGAGUUCUACAAGAUUCUGGAUAUGAAGAGCGUCAAGAGGCAGGAACAGGCCGUCCUGGUGGAGAUGUUCAAAACGCAGAAACCGGGUGGGACGGACAGAGAGGACGAACGCACCGAGGACGGAGGCAGUAUUAGGAAGCUCGAAAAGAUGAUUAAGAAGAAGUUGCCUAACUCUUAGACACGUUUAAGAAGAAAAAGUAUUUUGUAUUU